AUGGCCAAGCAAAAUUCUCCAUCACUAAUUGAAGUUGUAAAACAAGUUGCAGAGCAGCAGCAUUCACAAGGAUCAGAGAUAGAAAAGAGCAAAACAGUUCUUUUCCAAUUGCAGGCAAAGUUUCAGGAACUAGAAAAAGAAAUGGAUUCUAUUCUGUUAGAAACAAAGACGACAGAAAAGGAAAUAUAUCUGCAAGAUGAUGCCAUAGAAGUGACAAAAUAUCACUGUGAAAAUCUGGAGGCCCAAGUCAGAGCCCUAUAUUCUGAAAAUUUAAAGCUAAGGCAUGAUGCGGAAACAGUACAAGAAAAGUUUGAAGAAACAUUUGCAAGAAAUAAUGAAUAUCGGGAAAAAAUAAAGGCUCAUAAACAUCUUUUUUGGGAGAUGGAAAGUAAAAUGCCAGUUAUGAUUGAGCUUGCUAAAAAGAAAGCUGUUGUUAAAGAAUUAAAGAUUAAGAAAGAGGAGCUAAUGCGUGAUCUCCAGAAUCCAGAAGGAUCUGUUAUAAAACAAGUGCAGGAAGAAAUUACACUUUUGAAAAGGGAGAUCACAACAUUGAAAGAGUUCAUCAAUAAAAAAACAAAUUUACUGGAAGAAGAGAAAAAAAUGCAUGCUAAGCUUAGAAAAGAAAUU